UCUGUGUAUAUGUAUGAGAGAAGAUGUGUCUUCCUCACAAAAAUGUAAUUUUUCAUAGGGUUUAACAAUGCAAUUAAUGUAUGAAUUGCAAUACAAAUACACUCAAUGUAUCAAUGUUAAUCACUUAUAGUCAGUGGUAUCUUCGACACCAGCAUCACUGUUGCCAUGUGACUUUUUCACUUCUUAAAUGGUCGAUCAGCUCGAUUCUGUUUCUGUCUUGUUGCUUGCCAGUUUCUAUCCUGUCAGGGUAGGGGUCCGUAGAGCAGUCUGCAGGCUGACCGUGCAACAGACCCGCUCAAAAAACACCACACAGUUCUGGUGUGGAAGCACAAAGCAACCGUUGCAGUUAUCACCAAUAAAGCACUGCGGUUUGGAGGAUUAAUGAGCCCUGCCCCCUGACUAUGGAAACAGAGGUUGCAGAUGGCUAUCUGGCGAGUAACGGCGACUGCUCUCCCAGGAAGGAGCACGCAAGGAUGCUGGUGGACCUGUCUGCAAACACCCCCAACGGGCAGCACUCGCCCAGAACACACACAAUCAAGCAAGAGGAAGGAGCCGACGAGGAGGGGGAGAAGAGAGCCCCGGGCCCAGAGGACAUGGGCCAAAGUGGGGAGGAAGGCUCUGGAUUGGAGGAGCCCAUGAUUGACAGCCCCAACGACUUACAGGAUGGAGGUGCAGGGGUUGACGGACGAGGUGACGCAGGGAUCCGACUCCCCAACGGUGACAGGCCGUUCCAGUGUAACCAGUGCGGCGUGGCCUUCACCCAGAAGGGCAACCUGCUGAGACACAUCAAGCUCCACACGGGGGAGAAGCCCUUCAAGUGUCCCUUCUGCAGCUACGCCUGCCGGCGCCGCGAUGCUCUAACCGGCCAUCUACGCACACACUCAGUGGGCAAACCGCACAAGUGCAACUACUGUGGGCGGAGCUACAAACAGCGUACGUCAUUGGAGGAGCACAAAGAGCGCUGUCAUAACUACCUGCAGAGUGUCAACAUGGACUCCACCCCCAAUGCCAGACCAUAUCAAGGUGACGUCCCGCAGGAUCCGAAGCCCACAAUGGACACCAUGUCCAUGGUGGCGUUCGACCGGCCGCCUGUGAUCGAGAGACUGCAGGGGAACGUGGGCAAGAGGAAGAGCACCACACCACAGAAGUUUGUGGGUGAGAAGCUGGUACGCUACGGUUACCCGGAGAUGGGCUAUGAGAUUGGGCUGAAGUAUGAGAAGGAGGCAGAGCUGAUGCAAGCUCACAUGAUGGACCAGGCCAUCAACAACGCUAUAUCCUACCUGGGUGCUGACUCCCUGCGGUCCCAAAUGCCGCACCCGCCGAUUUCCAUGGCUGAGGUGGUACCCAUGAUCAACCCCCUCUUCCCCCAGGUCUACCCCAUGGGGCCCCGCGUGGACCGGCCCAGCAGCCGGGAAGCCGCACCCCCGCCACUCCCUCCCCCCGAAUUCCCCCCCUCUGCUAACGGCCCCCUCUCCCUCGUGCGGCCCCGGAACCUGCAGGCCCACCGGGAGGAGUCGCCCAACAACAGCUGCCUGGACUCCCCCAACUCAGAGCGCAGCAGCCCCCAGGAGAAAUUGGGCCCCCCUCCAAACCACGCCCCCGGGGCUGUGUCCAGCCCCGCCUACAGCAGGGAAGAUGGGCGGGGAGCAGAGCCAGGCGCCCGGGAGGUGAUGGAGGCAGCGGUGGCCAGGGCAAAUGCGGCGGCGGCGGCAGCGGCAGCUGCAGCAGAGCGCCCCACCAGCGGGGACGUCUUCCGCGUCUUCAGCAGGGAGGGCCGGGAGCUGAGGGCCUUUCGCUGCGAGCACUGCCGCGUGCUCUUCCUGGACCACGUCAUGUACACCAUCCACAUGGGCUGCCACGGCUACCGGGACCCUCUGGAGUGCAACAUCUGCGGCUACCACAGCCGGGACCGCUACGAGUUCUCCUCGCACAUCGUCCGCGGGGAACACACCUUCCACUAAGUGGCAGGAAACUGUAGAGCUGUGUACU